AUGCUUACGACCGUUUCUCGCGCCUCGCCUCGCGCGGGCGGCCUCUACGCCGGUAGGGCCUCCACAGCAAGAACUCUGGCUCCAUCGAACCCCGCGCCCAUGAAAGCGAGCCACUACGGCCAGACUCGAAGUUUCCGCUUCGGCGCAUGGUCGUCCUACUUGGACCCCGAGUUCCAGCGUCAGCUGCGACGUCGUCAGCGCACUAUCAAAUAUAAGUACAUGGAGUCGAUCAAUCGCAAGCUGUCCUGGGACCCAAACUCGCGUGCCGAAGAUUCAAGAAUCGUGAUGAAGAGGAUGAUGGCACAGUGCUGGAUCAGACACGGCCACACCGGCUCGGAUGGAAGAUACGUGAGAGAAGACGGCGAUAAGAAUAGUGGAUUGAACGAUACCCCAGGCACCCGCCCUGGCCAGAACAUUGAGGAUGUCGAGCGCAGCGCCAUUAACUCCCUCUUUACCGGCAAGCGUGCCGGUUCUUACGAGUAUGACUUGUGGCAGUCCCCUCUGCAAAACAUCCGCAACUAUCUCGGCAACCAGACCAGAAGCAAAUCAACGGCCUCCACUAGCCGUAACGUCCCUUCCGAAAUUGAUCCCAUCACGAAUCGAAGAAUUCCCUCAUCACGUGCACCUCAGUCCGUUUUCGACAACUCGUCGGAAAAGGCUACUCAGGAGCCCUUUUUUCCAGACGGGGUCCCACCCCCCGACGAACUUAAAGAGUACGGCAAUGUUACCAUUGACAGCGCCCCAUGGGCCGAGUCCGGGUCCAACGGUGGAGUUGUGGAGACCCCGCAAUAUGCGGAUCUCGACAAGUAUAAGCCAGUCAUGGAUGAGAAACUCGAUGCUCAGCAGCUUUCCGAAGCCCCGAAAUACGACGACCUGGGCAAGUACAAACCUGUGGGUCUCGACGACAUUCUCGUAGAGUCAGGCUCCGUACCCAAGUAUGAGGAUCUCGGCAAGUAUGCCAACCCGCUGCUUAGCGGCCGCGCGCCCGAGGGGCUGGCUCAUCCGGCGUACGAAGACCUAGACCAAUACCGUCCCGUCAUGCACAACGAAAAUGCACAAAUCCCCGAGGCGCACGAGCAGUACUCGGACCUAGACAAGUACGGCCCAAUCAUGCACAACGAGAAGGAUGUCUUGGAAGAGACCCAGUCCUACGACGACCUGCACAAGUACGGACCGAGUGGCUUUAACGAACCUGAGGGUCUGCGCCCCCGUACUGAUGAGGAGAAGUCAAAAGACUACGACGACCUCCACAAAUAUGGCCCGCAGGCUUUCAACGAGCCCUUUGGACUGCGCCCGGUGCAUCCUGAAGAAGCUUCCAAGGCCUACACAGACCUGGACAAAUAUGGCCCCGUGGCAUGGAAUGAGCCUCAUGGCCAGGGCCCCAUCCAUCCGGAAUUGGCAUCCAAGGCAUACACUGACCUUGAUGCGUAUAACCCCAUUGGUUGGAAUGAACCGCACGGGAAGCCGCCGAUGCACCCAGAGGAGGCCUCGAAGCAGUACAAGGACUUGGGAGCAUAUUCCAAGGAGUUCAACCGAGGUAGUGCGCCGCCCCCAGAGGGCGUGGUUGCCGCGGUGAAGCCCGAAGAUGCGGCCAAGCAUCACCCUGUUCAAUACAACGAGCCCGACAGCCAACGGCCCAAGCCGGAUUGGGACCAAACAACUUUUGAUGAGGCCAAAAAUUAUCAGUCUUAUCGCUACAACGAGCCUGAUGGCCAGCCCUCCGAGGCCAUCGACCCCGUGUCGAAAGGUCUGAGCGACUUUGACGCGGAGAUUGCCGCCAAGGCGAACAGACGCAUCGCAUACACUCGGCCGACAGAGCAAGAAAAGGCAGACGAUUUAGACCUGCUUCGCGCUAGCGACGUUCGAGCAAAGAUCCCGACGUCUUCCGGGCAAUCCCGCAGAGAGUAUAGCACCACGAACAGACAGGUGCUCGAGGCCGACCUUCCCCGGUAUGAAGUGAAUUGGGAUAUCUCGAGCAAAGCUGCUCGGGUUUCUGUACGAAAGUCCAGGAGCAAGGUCUGGGACCAUAUUCCAGCUAAGGAAGACAAGUCAGACCUUACUGGUAAUUACGUCAGAGACUUUCCUGAAGACUUUGCGCGGUCUUGGAACAAUAUUGUGUCAGCUGCGGAGAGCCAGACGGAGAAUACCAUGACCCAAAAUGCCGACCAGGACGAGGUCGAAGUCGCCUCUUUCGAUGAGAGUUUCCCUAGGCUGGAGCCAGCUCUGGACCGAUCAUCUGCUUUCAAACCUACCCGACUGCCGGGUAAGAAGGGACAAGUCGACCAUUAUUCGAAAGAGCCCCAGGGCCUUGAAGUGAGCUACUCUGAGGAGUGUGGCAGCAAGCAAACGUGGCCCGCCUACGUGCGAUCAUACGGCACAGUGACCGAUGCCCUGGCAAACGCCGGAGGAUCCUCGGCACAAGAAGCCGUUUCGGCCGCCAGGGCAGAGGGCGUGGUGUCUUCGGCCGCUGCCGAGGGUGUUCGUGAGCCCACCGUCUACAAGAUCCUCGCGUAUGACCCUACCAUGCAAGCCAUCAACACGGCCGAGACUACAUCUGUUGUUCCCGACAGUGCCACGCCGCUGACACCUGCCGAGGUGCUUCUACGCUUGUCGAACCCGACCAAGUUCUUCCCCUACUUCAGCACCCUACAGAGAGAGGGGUAUGAGAUCGUAUCAGGAAGUGGAGACGUCCUGGUUUUCCGCAAGGUUCGCGAGGCAGAUACGGCAUCCAAGGAGCAGACAGCUGCGCCCUUCGCCCCUGCGAUCGAAAAGGCAACGACCUACCAGCCGCCAAAGGUGAACCCCAUCGAUAUGAUGGGGCGCGACCCCGUAGUACCAAGCGCUUACUCUUCCAGUCCCACAGGCUACCUCAACUAUGAUUACCCCGGAGCGGAGACAACAGAGAAGCCCCCGCCCCCGUUCAGCCCAUUGAGAAGGCGGAACACUAGCUCCUAUGGCAACCAGGACUUGGAGUCUCCCCAGCGGCCGAAGCGCAGUAGAGCCAAGAAGAUAUUUCUUGGCGCUGCGUGGGUCGGUGGGAUUUCUUAUGCUAUCGGUGUCGUUGGAGAGUAUUUCAAGACGGGAGGUGUGGAUGGCAAGGGUCCCAAAAGCUUGUAG